UUAUUGAAAAUGGAGUAUAUUUCUAAUGAGACUGGAUGUAAAAUCGGAUACGCCUACCUUCUUGGUAUUAUGGAUGCUUAAUUUAUAGUAUUCUUAGGCAUCUCAAAUAUCUUCAUGAUUGCAACAGCUCUGGUCAUUCAUUGAUGCUGGAAUAGAAAAUAAGCAUGAGAUCAGUAAUGAAGACAAAUUAGCAAAGAUAAUGCAACUGCACACUUUUGAAUCGAAUGGAACUGAAACUAGAGAGAAUAACAAAGUAAAGCAAAACAAUUAUAUUAAUAUCAGACAAAACACUGAGCAAGAAAGUUCUCCCUUGAUUAUCGAUCUCCCUGUGUUUUAUGAGGACUUACAAAAUAUUUAUAACUCAGAAGAUAGAAAUGAACGGAGUCUUUUGAAAUAGCUGGAAAAAUUUUGUGCUAAAAUACCAAUGUGUCGAGGUAUUUCUAUACAAUAACAAAAAUCCAAUGACUCUAAGAGAUGAAGAGAGCAACUCAAACCAAAUAUUUCUUGAUUCAAUUACCAAAAUAAAGGAAAUACAAGAUUCUAUAUUCGAACUAUGAGGCUACUAUAAACAAGAAAGCUACUUCCAACAGGAUCAGACAAUGAGAAUUGUGGAUGAGAAUAGUUAUAGCAAAGACAUUCAGACUAUCAAAAGAAAGCAUCAGAGAACAUAUAGUCAUAAUAAAAAUAUCCCUGUAGUUACACCAAUGAGUAAUCUUAUAAAUCUUAUAUCCAGACAAGAGCUAUGGCUGUUUGUUUUUUUUAGCCACAAAAUUUUAGAUUUUAGAAAUAAUGUUUUAAACUUUCCUUUAUGAUUAUUUAUAAAACCACCAAAAUAAAAAUAUAGAACAUAUGAGUAACAGAACAAUAAAUCAUAUAAAUGCUAAAUAAAGUAGUUACUCCAAAAAGGACUUUUAGAAGAGCUAUUAAACUGAAGAGUGUCUCUUUCAAGGCAAUCCCGAACAGGAUUGUAGAAAUCUUAAAUAAAAGCUCGAAGGAAGGGAGCCCAUUGAAUCAAAGUGAGUCAUGAGAUUCAUCAAUCGAAAAGUCUAAUUCUCGAAGCUCUACAAAAAGGUCAAACUUGUAUAGUGAGUCUCAUGGUUUUGAGCCUCAGAAGAUAAAUAAUUUUAGUCUAAAAGAUCGGGUUGAAGGUUCUCAUAAGCACUCGAUAUCUAGGAAUUUAAUCAUAGAUCCAAGGAUAAUUAUACGAUAAUAUAUGUAAUUAUUUUUACAAUGAACCUUAAUUCAGUUGUUAAACUCUACACUAAGUAAUCAAAGCUCUUCUAAAAUCAAAGUAGAGCCAUUAAAUCCUAACCGCCUUUUAAAGAAGGUUAGCAAUGAAAGUUUGAUGAGUAGGAUAGAGAAAGAUAGCCUAAACCAGAGUAAAGUUGGAAGAAAUACUAGAGUUGAAGAAAUCAAGAAGACUAUAUCUCAGAAUAAGAAAUAUUUUGGAAGAACGCCAAUGAGGGUGGAGGAAAUGUACAAUGACACUGAGAAGAAGUUAUUCUCUGAAAUUGAGGUAUAUAACAUAAGCCCUCACAAAGUUCAACUU